UUUUUUUUUUUUCAAAUACAAUAUGUCUCAACUUUCUAAUGCAAGUUAUGGACAAAUAGAUGAAGAAAGUGAAUCCUAUAGUCUGUCUGAUUUAGAAUUUGCUGAACAACAACAAGAAAUACAAGACGAACAAUUAUCUGCAGAUGGAUCAGUAACAGAACAAGAUAAUCAAAUUCAACCUUCUGAAGAAUACAACAAUCGAUCUAAUGUUGAACUUAGUAGCUGGGUUUCACCGAUCUCCUCCAUUAUGAAUUUACUUUCUAGAUCAUCAAGAACUAAUAAUCAAAAUGACGAAAGCCCAUCAGAACAAUCAAAAGAAAGUGCAACUGAUGCUCUAGAUGAAGAGUUAGCUUGUCCUAUUUGUCAAGACAUUAUGAAAGAAGUUUAUGCUACAAAGUGUGGUCAUUCAUUUUGUUAUUUCUGUAUUUCACGUCAUUUAAGAAAUCAAGAAGAUUGUCCCAUGUGUCGAUCAAAAUUAUUCAAAACUGAAAUAUACCCAAACUUUCAACUGAACAAGUUAUGCACAUAUCGCAUUAAAUCCAGUAGUAGAUUCAGCUUAUCGGACUCCUCUGUUGAAAAUUUUAUCGAAAAAAGUCGACAAAAUCCAGAGAAGAUAGUUUAUUCACUAGCUGAAAUAUUAUCCUAUGAUGAAUUGAUUGCUAUUUGCAGAACAGCCAUAGAAGAAAAAAACAAAACUAAUUGUGAUGGAUAUGAUGUUAAAAGAUAUUUAUUAGCUCAGUUCCUGACAAAACUUAAACAAAGAAAUGCAGAUGUGAUUCGUGAAGUAGUUCAAGAGAUGAAUGCUAUUGAGGAUGAUUUAAGUUAUUUAGGAGGAAGAUUGAAUCAGGAUCAACAGAUAUAUAAUGAACAGUCUUCAACAAGGAAAAGACGUCUCUCUCAAAUAUUAAGAGAAGAAGAGACUGGACAGCAAGCAAAACGUCAAGAGGAACAAAUAUCUGAACAGCAUGGAAAUGAAAAUGAAGAACAAGACAACACAUCUUCGAGUGAUGUAUAUAACUUUCAAACCCCCUUAAGCAGUGAUAAUGAAGAGCAGCCACAAAGGGAAACUAGAGAAGAAAACACUCUCCCUCUUCAUUCAUCAGCUAGUUAUGAAUUAAGGAAAAUGAAAAGACGUAUUGAUCAACGUUUCCUUGAUCUUCGUAACAUUUACAAAAAUCAAUUUUCUGGCCUAGAAAAUCGCUUAGAAAAAUUGAAAACCUUCUCGAACUUGCUUUAUGAAUACACACGUUAUGAUAGAUUUGUGGUCCUAGAUACUCUUUAUUAUGCUGACUAUCCAUUCAUUCGACGUCGUUCGCAACAACCUACUUCAUCGGCUAUUGUUUCAUGUAUUGAUUUUGAUCGAGAUGAAGAAUUCUUUGCUGUAGGUGGAGUCUCAAAAGAAAUAAAAAUAUUUGAUUAUAAUUUAAUCAAUAAAUCGAAAAAUAUACCAUCAUCUCAACAAAUGCAGCAGCGCUAUCACUGUCCAAUACGUGUUAUUCCAUGUCUAGCUAAGCUCAGUUGCUUAACUUGGUCACCUUACUUGAAAUCACAGCUAAUUUCGUCAGACUAUGAUGGCCAUGUCACUGUUUUAGAUAUUAUGACAGGUGUUCGAACGCAUAAUUUUGAUGAGCAUACAAAGCGUGUUUGGAGUGUAGAUAUUUCAAAUGUCAAUCCUACUUUAACAGCGAGUGGAAGUGAUGACAUGACAGUCAAGAUUUGGUCACUUUCUCAACAUACAAAACAAUCGGUAUGCCAAUUAGAAUCUAAAGGAAAUGUAUGCUCUAUACAAUUUGCUCCUGAUAAUGGGCAUCUAUUAGCUGUUGGCAGCGCAGGUAAUAAUUUCUUGCUACAUAUGUAUAUAUAUUUAUUUGUAAAAUUAUAUUAUUUUAUAGAUCAUGCUUUGUCAUUAUAUGAUUUAAGAAAUCCAGUUGAGCCUUUAAAAGUCUAUGAAGGGCACAAAAAGGCCGUUUCCUAUGUGAAAUGGCUUAAUAACCAAGAACUCGUUACCGCUUCUACGGACAGUACAUUAAAACUUUGGAAUCGUGAAUCAGGGGAAUGUAUUCGCACGUUUAAAGGACACAUGAAUGUCAAAAAUUUUGUUGGUUUAUCUACUCAUAAUAAUUGGAUUAGUUGCGGUAGUGAGAAUAAUACACUUUAUACAUAUCAUAAGCAUUCUUCUACACCUGCUUUUGCUUAUGAAUUUCCGAGAUCUUUAUCUUCACAUGGUGAUGAUGUGGCUUUAGAUUCUACUAACCCUAUUUUUGUGAGUGCUAUCUGUUGGAGGAAAUCAAGAUCAAAGUUGGUAGCAGGAAAUAGUAAAGGCAUUGUAAAAGUGCUUGACUUUGCUUAAUUUAUAAAUUCAUUUGAUAUAAGAAAUAUGCCCAAAAAAUCUCUUUUUUUUUAUGUUCAUUAUUUCAUAUUAUAUACAAUAAAUAAACAAAAAAAAAAAUACAUAUAUGACUACUAAUAAAAAAAAAACUAC